CAGAAGAGAAAGGGGAGAGGAAGGGAAGCAGAGGAGAAAAAAAAGGGAAGCAGAGGAAAAGAGAAAGGGAAGCAGAGGAGAAGAGGAAGGGAAAAAGAGGGAGAGAGAGAAGGAAGGAAGUGUAACCUGUAGGCACAUUUUGAAAGAUCUCUGUAUAAUUUGCUGUGUCUGGGCUGAAUAAUCUGAAUAAAUAGUUUCAUCUCUGGGAACCUUGGUUGCAUCCUUUACCUGGCUGUGGUAAAUUGCAGACUCUACAUUUCAUAACACUAUACGGAUACUUGGAUAUAUCUAUAAAAUACACAACAUUUUGGUGCUAGUGACCAGAAGAAGCGUUAAUGAUUAGUGACCCAAGAGCCUGCAAGCCCUGUGGAGCCCUGAAAGGAAGGAAGGUUGGAACCCUAGGACUGUGGUCUGCAGACUUGUGACAGUGAACCUCAAGGACCGAUCACAUUUUAAAACAAUGUCAAAAGGCUUCAGAUUUUGUAUCAUACUCCUUAUGUUGAUGGCCUGUGGAUUCUUCUAUAGAAAGUCCGGCAUACAACCCUCUACUAUUUUCAAGUCAAUUAUUUCUCCAGGAAGCAAAAGCUCCAGUUCUAGCAGUACUUACCCGGCUACAAAUGUCAGUUUCUCUUCUAUCAGCUCAAUGGAUGUUCUAAAAAAGGGAAAUGGUAUUAUAUUUAUUGAGACAACUGACAGAAUGAAGCCACCAUCUUUGGUAUUAUGUGCUAUUAAAUCUGCAGCCCGUGUGUACAAGGAUAGGUCUGUUGCGUUCUUCAUGAAGGGUUUACCAGACAUAAACACAAUGGAGGAUGAACUUAAAGCACGCAGUCAUUUCCCUACCCUUUCAUCUUUUGAUAAUGUCUACUUUUUUCCUUUGCAAAUGGAAAAAUUAUUCAAUGACACACCACUCAUGCCAUGGUAUAAAAAGGUAAAUCCUAAAUUUGAAACAUAUUGGACUCAUGUAAGUUCAGAUGGAUGCAGGUUGGCCCUCAUUUGGAAACAUGGAGGCAUUUAUAUGGAUUCUGACAUUAUAUCAAUACGGCCCAUCCCAGAUGUGAACUUUCUUGCAUCCCAGUCCUCUCAGUUUUCAAGUAAUGGUAUAUUUGGACUAAUAAAUCACCACAUUUUUUCCUGGAAAAGCAUGGAAAGCUUUGUGCAGAAUUAUAAUGGAGCAAUCUGGGGGCAGCAGGGUCCACAACUUUUUACCCGCAUUCUAAAUCAGUUUAGUAUCAUUCCUCAAUUUAAGUCUACAGAGGAUGUUAAAUGUGGAAACAUUUCUUUUUUACACCCUCAGAGGUUCUAUCCUAUUCCAUAUCCAGCCUGGAGAAGAUAUUAUGAUGUCUGGCAAAAUGUGCAAACUUUCAAUGAUUCUUAUGCCUUGCAUCUCUGGAAUUUUAUGAAUCAAGAACAGAAAAGUAUGGUUCCUGGAAGUAACACACUGAUAGAACAUCUGUACAAACAGUAUUGUCCCACAACCUAUGGUGCUCUUGAAAGGAAUCAGUCAAUUUAUGGUUAGUUAUUUAUUAAAACAUAUUUACUAUAUACAGUAGGUAAAGAUGGAAACCUGUGACCUGUUGAACUUGCCCUGUUCUGGGACGAAAACCAUUUGAUGAAAAUGUCCAUGCCUGCAUGAAGGAAUUCCAAGACUACCAUCUAGCAUUGUGUCUGACUCCCAGAAAGCUUCUAAAGUUUAUUGCCCAACAAUGGGACUCACAACUCUGCCUUAUGUGAAAGUUGAAAUCUGAAGGCAGUGUUAUGUGAAUGCCUUCUGUUUUCAGAGGGAUUUAUACUGCAUGGCUUUUUGUCUCCUUUUAGCCCAUCUCACCCUAACCAGGUUGGUUUCUCUACUUCACUACUCUACAAGUCCUACCUACUCAGAAGCCAUGUUGCAAUAGCUUGCACUGAUGAGAUCUAACAAGAUCGAAACAGGCUGUCUGCAAGUUUGGAUAUAUGGCUGUAUCUGUGCUAUAAAACCAGUGGUACUGGAUGCAUAGUUGGCCACUGGGAUAUAAGGGUGUGAUUUGCAUGUCUCCACCCAUAAGGCCUUAUGUGAGAGUUAAAAUCUCAUUUUUGGUAUUAUUUUUGUAGCAUGAGACAUGUGAAUUAGUAAUGGGCGAAUUUCUCCUAUUUGGCAUGCCAAAAAAAUUGCAAAAUUAAGGAAAAAACGUGAAACUCAAAAAUUGAUGCCAGUGUCAAUUUUGCCGCUCGCAUAAACUCAGGGCAUCUGAAUAGUGUUGACGCUCUGCGAUUUUGACGCGAGCAAAUUUUCAGACGUGCAUCCAAAAUUUUUUGACGCUGGUGCAUUUUCAAGGGAGUUUGGCGAAUGUAUUCACCGGCCCAUCACUAAUGCGAAUAGCUUCUGCUUUCAGAAGGAUUUACACUGCACCCUAAAAGUGACUUAAAAAACAACAAAAACAAGCUGCAAAUAACUGCUGUGUUCCAGUAUUUUAAAGUGAUACCUAAACGUUCCUAUAAAAAUCACAGGAUGUGUCGGUAUCAAGUACUUUCUGUACCCGGAAUAGUUACCCUGAAAGCCACCCUGAAGGGGGCUUUGAGAGAAAAUAUUCUGGGUGCAGCAACUGCUUGAAACAGACACUUUCCUGUGAUUUUUAUAGGAAUGUGUCAGUAUUCCUUUAAACAAAUAAAGCAUCUUUUUGAGGCUAAUAAUUGAGAAAACACUUUAUUCUUAUUUAAAUAGAUAAAGGUAUUUCAAGGGAAUUUUUAUGAAGUAUUCGUGCAAAAUCUUGGGGAAAAUCUAAAUUCCAACUUUUAUGUUUAUUACUUGUUUAUUAUUUAAAAGUGAGGUGUUGAAUGUAUUAUUUUUUACUCACUCAGGGACUCUUAUUCUUGUAAAAAAAGAGAAAUUAAAUUCACAAUCACUUUUACCAUAUUAGGAGUUGAAUUGUUUUUUUUAUGUCACAAAAUCAUUAAACAACAUAUUCA